UAAGGACUGCGUGGGUGAUGCUGGACUGGGUGGGCAGGAGGUGUUCUGCUGGGGAGGAACAAGCAGGGGCAGGGCACACUGGAGCUGGAGGAUGCUCUUGGUGGAGAUGCUCCAAGCACAUGAAGGAAGAGGCGUUUGUGCUACUCUGUCCCUGCCUGGUGUACAAGAGGCAGAGAUGAGACCUGGACUGUGGGCAGUUGGCACUGUAACAGCAUCUGGUGUCCUGGCCAUGAGUGGCUUGUCACCUGGCCCUUGCGGUGACAACCCAGGUUGCAUUCCUGGCCACAAGGGCAGGUUACUCACCAACUCAAGUUAAUGGCUAACCCUGGGGCAGCUCCUGCGGAAGGUGGAAGUUCAGCCGUGUGAGGGCUGUGAGGAGCCCUUUGUGGGAGUGGGAGCCUGCCCACCCCCUCCGCACCGUAAACUGGGAGCAGUGCGGGGAGGCAGCAGCAUGAAUGGGGGCCACCGUGGAGUGCCUGGUGCCAGGAGCCCUGCGCUCGCAUCCUGCUUCCCACGGAAGAUGUGCUCCUGGAUGCUGAGCUGUUGCUUUGCCCUUCAGCACCUGGCCGUGCAGACCUCUUUGCUCUGCAUCUUCUACCUCCUACUGCUGCCCACCCUGCCUGAGGAGCUGCCCCAGGCCACCAGCGAGCUGCUGGCACGCAGCCUCUUUGCCUGCGGCAUCUCCACAGUGCUGCAGACCACCCUGGGGAGCCGGCUGCCGCUGGUUCAAAUCCCAUCCUUCGAGUACUUGGUCCCUGCCAUGGUCCUGGGCUCCCACCUCUCCCUCAGUGCCAGCAUGGACAGGAACGGCACGGCUGUGGCCAGUGCAUGCCCUGCACCGCACUGCACCGUCGCAGGGAGCCAGGCUGCCUCACUGCGAGAGGUCUCUGGAGCUGUGCUGGUCUCUGGGCUGGUUCAGCUGGUGCUGGGAGUGUCUGGUGUGUCUGGGUGGGCAGCCCAGCGCUGCGGGCCCAUGGUCCUGGCCCCCAGCCUCUCCAUCAUUGGGCUGUCCGCAUACAAGGAGGCUGCUUUCUUCUGCUCCACUAACUGGGGGAUAGCGCUGCUGCUCAUGCUCCUCGCUGUCACCUUCUCCCAGCACCUGGGGUCCUGCCGCCUGCCCUUCUGCGCCUGUCCCCAGGCUCAGAGGGGCUCCAUGGAGCCAUCUGUCCCCACCCUGCGCACGUUCUCGGUACUGCUCCCGUUUGCUAGUGUCUGCAUCGUCUGUGCCAUCCUCAGCCACCUCCACAUCCCCUGGGAAUCGCUGGACCUGGCCAUGGCACAGCUGUCCUGGGCCAACAGCACCUUCCAUGCCCCUUGGCUCCGCAUCCCCUAUGCAGGUGAGUGGGGGUGGCCGCUGCUCACCCCCCAGGCGCUGGCAGUGGGCAUCGCCAUGGCCAUCGGAUGCAGCAUGAACUCGGUGGGCUGCUACGUGCUGUGUGGGAGGCUGCUGCGAGCCCCCCGGCUGCCCCCCCACGCCUGCAACCGGGGGCUCUGCAUGGAAGGGCUGGGCAGCCUCCUGGCAGGGCUGCUGGGCACCCCGGGGGGCACGGCUGCCAGCAUCGCCAAUGCCUGUGCCAUCGGCUUCACACAGACUGGCUCUCGCUUCUCGGUGCAAAUAAGUGCGCUGGUGUGUGUGGUGCUGGGCACGUCCCCGAGGCUGGCAGGGCUCCUCACCCGCAUCCCGCUGGCCAUUCAUGGUGGGGUCCUCUGUGUCACCUACGCUGUGGCUGUGGGCACGGGCAUCUCCUACUUCCAGUACGCGGACAUUGACUCAGGGAGGAACAUCUUCAUUGUUGGCUUCGCCAUGUUCAUGGCGCUGCUGGUGCCACGGUGGCUCGGCGCGGCUUCGGCUCACCUGGCCACAGGCUGGGUGCCCCUGGACCUCCUCUUCCUCUCCCUGCUCAUGGUGCCUGUCUUCUUAACUGGCUUCUUGUCAUUUUUCAUGGAGAACACAGUCUCAGGAACCCUGGAGGAGCGAGGGCUUCUCUCUGACCUGUCGCUGAGGAAAGCUGGGCCAGGGUCUCACCGCCACCCCUGCGGAGAGAGGGAUGAAGCCAGCCAGGUGUAUGGGCUCCCUGCUGGACUGAGGAGGCUGAUGCCAUCAUCCUGCAAAGCCUUCCCCUGCUGCUUCCUCUGCCCGGGGAGCGAGGAAGAGGAGGAGGAAGGGGAGGAGAGUAGCCGUGCCUCUGAGGAGGGGACUGCUGCACCAGGGGAAGGGACACAACUGCUCCCCAGACCUGGCUCAGGGGAGCAGCAGCCACCCACGAGGCCAAGUGAGAUGGAGAUGUCCACGUGGCACACUGAGGCCUGACCCCACAGUGUGGGGACACCUCAUGGAGAACCAGGGCUAUGCCCCCAAGGCAGCUUGCAAGCCACUUUGCUCCUCGUUUCUGAAGCCCACAUCGACUGGGGGGGCCCUGCACUUCUACACUCCCAGCACAAACCUCAUUUCCCUGCUUGGGAGCAAGCUAUAAAAACCUUGAACCACCUCUGCCCUUUCCCGGGAUUUCCUUUCCAGCCAGGAUUUACCUGGGAGUUGCCAGGCACCCUCCCGUGGUGCCCUGAGGACUGUGACCAUGGAGGGUGUGGCCACCUGGUGCCACUGCAGCUGGGGCUGUGGGUGCCCCUUAAGCCCACCAUCACCCCAUGGAGGUGGCUGGGGAAGAGCUCGGUGCUUUGGCCAGCCCCAAAGGGCAGUUGCCCCAGUCUCUGCCCACCUGCCGGCACCAUACUCAGGAAGGGCUGGCUGUCCCCCUCCUCACUGCCUUAUCC